AUGACAAAUGAUGGAAAUGUUACAGCCAAACAAGAUUUAAUAUGUCAUUUUAAACGAAUAUAUGAAGGAAAUACAGCUGAACAAAGAGUAAUCGAAGAAUUUGAAAACGAGUAUCGACCAGACAAAGCCGUUUGGUGGUAUUCUCGUCCAAGUUUCCUUUAUCAUACGCUUAAUAAAGCGCUUCGUGAAUCUAAUUACGAAGUCCUCUUAGCACUUCGUUUUUAUAUUAAUGAUUUAUAUGAGCAAUUAAAAUUUGAACAUGAAAAAUUUUUAAACUCAUACAACAACGAUGACGAUCCUAUUCUAAGAGUAUAUCGAGGUCAAGCAAUAUCUAACCAAGAACUAUAUUAUAUUCGUAAAAAUGUUGGACAAUAUAUAUCAAUGCAAAGUUUUUUAAGCACAAGUGUUACUCGUGAAACUGCUCUCUUCUUUGCACAAGCUAGUGCAAUUCCUUCGGAUGAGAAAACACGCAUAGUAUUCCAGUUUAAUAUUGAUACACAUAUGAAUAAUACAAAACCAUAUGAACAUGAACAAACUUGGUUUAGUAUACUUUCACUUUGCAGUGGCGAUGAAUACGAGCUGAAAGAUUUAAUGAAAGAAAUGAAAGAAGAAGUAGAAGCAGGAAUUGGAUCACUUGGAUAUUUAUUAUAUAACCAAGGAGAAUACGAAAAAGCAACGAAUUAUUUUCAACAGUUAUUAUUACAUCCAACAACUGAUAUCUUCGACAAAGGACAAUGCUAUCGAGGACUUGGUGCUAUUGACAUAGCACUUAAAGAUUAUGAUAGUGCCUUGGAAAAUUUUCAAAAAGAAUUUGAUCUAUAUACUGAAGAGGAUGAUCAAGAGAAUAUUGCAACAACGUACGCAAAGAUUGGGGAAGUAUACUUCUUCAAAAAAGACUUCGAUUCAGCUCUUUCAUAUGAACACAAAGCACUUAAUAUUCUUUUGUCUUUAGAUAGUUUCGAAAUAUCGGAUAUUUAUCGUACAAUAGCUAACGUUUAUCAUGAUAAAGAAGAUUUUAAUGUAGCUCUUGAAUAUUAUGAAAAAGCACUUGAAGUUGAUCGUCAGUAUCUUCCACAAAAUCAUUAUAACUUUGGAAUUACUUAUGAAUGUAUCGGUUCCAAUUAUCAAAACAGUCAUGAUUGUGCCAAAGCUGUAGAAUACUUUUUAAAAGCUCGUGAAGUCUACUUAAAAUCAUUACCACCUACACAUUCACGUAUUAUAACUUUGGAACAAAGUAUCAACGAAGCAAAAACUGAACAGAAUAGUAAUUAA